UAUAUCGUGUGAGCACGCGGCCGGGCGAGUAGGUUUGCGUUAACAAGCAUAUUCAAGAAAGCAUUCGCCAAAAACGGAUAUGUACAUAUAAGCUGAUUCGUAUCAUAUUGAUGCAUUUAAUGCUCCGCAACAGAGCGUUCCGUUGUGUGUUGCACAACACAUUCCGUAUUCGAAUCUCCGAAGGCACGCUGUGGCUAACCGGCAACACGAAUUAACCACAUAUUUUUAUACAUAUCGUUGAAAGUUAAGUGGAUAGUUCGUGUUGGGUGCCUUACAGCCAGAGAAAACUAACUCACUUUGGUCAGUUGAAAUCUGCACCCCAUUACAUCAACAUGUCAUCGCUAAAAAACGUUCAUUGUUUCAGUAUCUGGCCGAUUGUGUUGACGUGUGCGACGGCCUUUUUUUGCGGUACAUUGUUUCAACGUAAUGGAAUUUCCACAAUCUCAGCACAUUGCACGAAUGGUGCCAAUAUGCAUGUCAGUUUUCAUCGAAACUUUAACCAAACGUAUACGCUGGCCGCCGAACAAACUGUAACCGCAUUCCUACGAAAAGGCCAAAAUGCAAGAUUUUCUGUGAAUUUGGACCAAACAACGCCGCUCACUGUUUCCAUCCAUGUCGAUCAAGUGGGCGUGAUUAUUCCACAGCUGUUUUAUAAUGAAUCGGUGAAUCUAUCAAAGUAUUUCCUUACCAAUGUAUCGGUCUAUAACAUUCCGUGCGCACCGAAUGGCCAGUACGAUAUUUUGGUGGCUUCCAAAGGAAACGCUCAGAUCAACGUCAAUGUUUCGCAACAAAAGCCAUUUUUAGCUCAGAAGCUACUGCAAUACGUUCAAACGUCGCGGAUUCGGUACGAAAAUCGCAUUCACAAGCGUCAAGUGAUUUUCAAAUGGGACAAAAGCAAACUCGACAUUCAUGCAGUGCAUUACUGUUUGGCCAUAAACACUCACAGUAAUCAACGAACAUUUUGCGAUGCAAUGGAUCAUGUGAUUGGAAAAUCACCGAAAAUGUUCUGUUCGCGAUUGAAAGGCACACUCAACAAUUACUUCUAUCGGCCAGUUGAUCGAAUUUCGAAUAUUGAUGCUAAGCGUGGAACGGCUUUGGCUUGCACUGGUCCGCGAAGUAGACACACACUGGCUGGAUUAAUUCCGAACAAAAAGUAUUUCGUCGAUGUGUUUGGCAUACAUAAGAUGGUGCCUGGGCUGAUAUUUAAGCUAGCUUCAACAUCACUUGUGUUCAACUAUACAAAUCCAAUUGAAUUACACGAGGAUCAAACUGAACUGGGUAAAUGGUCGGAAUUUGACAAGCGAACAUCGUUCGUGUUCAAGCCAAAUGGCACGCAGAGUGCCAAGAGGGUCAUGUUUCUAGUCAUUCCUUGCGGUCAUCCAGUAAAAGUGAAAGUAUCAUCAGUCAAGAGAUUGAAAAAAGUUGUGGACACAAACAUAGCAACGAUGCUAAAGUUCAAUAAUCUUAGAGAAAAUGAUCGAUUCAUGGUUAAAUUCUCCCCGACCAACUCAGACGAAGGCUUACAGCGAAGGAGUUUCAAACUGGUGGCGACAACCAAAUCGAAAUUCGUAAACUACCCAAUGUUACCGGUUGAUAUGCGUGUGUCAGAGGUGACUUCAUUGAGCACUUGCAGUGAAUCAACCAUCGAAUGGCAUCCAUCGCCUGAUCCACGCCCAAUAACCUACUGCAUUGUGGCAAUAAAGAUUCAAGCGAAGAGCUUCAACGAUUUUAUUACAAGCAUUGACACCUGCGACAUCGAGAAAUACCAAAAAAAGUUUCUGCCAAAUAAGAAAUACGAUUGUAUAAUGAGUUCGCACAAUGAAAGUUUGGCCAAAAGUAUGGAACGUUUCAAAUUGGGGAAUCUGGAGCAAAAUCAUGGCUACAUAGUGCAGGUCACGUUGAAGGUGAACAAAGAGGUUAUCGCUUAUCAAACGCUGAAGCUAUUCAAAAGUCAUCAUUGCUUCAAGCCCAUUCUAAAUAAUGCUAAUCAGUUACCGAACGCAGCGCCUCCCAAUUCUACUGAUCGACAUAUUGAGGACAAUAAUAUUUUUGUGUCAUAAGCAUUCGUAUAUUUAAUCGUGCCCAAUCUAAUCUUAUACGUAUUUAUGCUAAUUAAUUCCUUUUGUACUUAAUAUUAAUAAUAAUCGAAUUGCCGACGAUGAACAGCUUCAAUUCAAAGAUAUAUUUAUCGAUCCGAUGUUGGGUUACAAUUUCCGCAUAUAUAAAAUUUGAACGAAUUGUACUCAUUUAGACUACACAUUUAACUCUAAAAAAAACUCAUUCAUCGAAUGCCAAAGUAUCUCAUAUAAAUUCAGAAUGCCAAUUUUUUUAAAAUAAAAAUGAAAUUGCUAAAAACCACAAUUUAGAUAUCUUUCGUGAGACAUAUUCGAGAUUGCUUUACCGUCAUGUGUUUAAUUCAGCCAUUCCGUGCAAGAUUUUGAUGUCAUUCUUUGAACAAAAAGACAAUAAAGACUUUUCUACAUUUUUACUACUUAGAAGCAAUACAAUAAUUUCUUACUCUUGUUUUUCCUUUUGAAAUUCGUUCCACAAAUGGUUUGUAUUUCCAAUUUUUUCGGUGAUACCAAAAACUUUUAUCGAAUCAGAAAAAGAGAACCCUUGAACCAAUUGAUUUCUUUUUGACCGUUUUCUUGUU